AUGGCACCCGUCGGUCCACGCGUGUCCAAGGAAGAAUUCAUGCACGCCUUGGGGCUGAAUCCACACGACCCCCAGCAUGAACAGUACUAUCGCGCUAUGCGAGACGAAGCAAUCAUGGUCUACAACAUCCUAAACCAAGACACCUCGCACCUCCUCGACAGCAUCCACACCGACCCCAGCACCCGCCCCCCGUUCUUCUGGCACCACAUCCGCCCGGACCACCAGCGCUGGGCUGUCCUGGAGAUCUGGCGCAAUGCCGGCCCGCUGACCCGCCCGCUGUUUGACCGCGGCGGCACGAAUGGCGAGUACGGGCCGAACUGGGUUUCCGGGUGGUUGCUCUACAGUGUGUUUCGGUCGCGGGAUGUGCGCAAUAAUCGGAAUCGAAGGAAGGGGGAGAAUGGGGGUGUUACUGACGACAGACGAACAAAGCAGGUCGAGGAGACGGCGCCGCCGAAGAAGGGUUACUAUGACCCGGUGCGAAAUGGGACGCUCUAG